AUGUUUUCUCUGACGGACCAUCCUGUCGAUGCGAUGGCCGUCAGUUUCUAUAAGAUGUUCGGUUACCCGACAGGAAUCGGCGCCUUAAUUGCCAAGGAAGAGUUCCUGGCGCAACUGGAUCGUCCCUGGUUCGCAGGCGGUACUGUAGAUGUCGUGCAGGUCCCUGGUAUGAACGUGACCAUGAGCUCCCACCAGCACGAACGUUUCGAGGUGAGACCAGUGAGUCUGCCAACCGCUUUUCAACCGGCUAAUUUUCUUCUUCAGGAUGGAACCAUCAACUACCUUAAUCUGUCCGUGAUCACGGAGGGUCUCCGUUUUCUUUCUGCUUACCUUCCAUUCCUUCCACUGCGUCUUUCCUCUCUGACGAGCUACCUCGUCUCAUCGCUAUCACAACUACGACAUGAAUCAACAGGCACGCCGGUCGUGCGGGUCCUAUCUCGCGUACCUUCGCGACAGCUCACAGCAAUCGGGGAGCAGUCUGACACAGGGUCAACCGUCUCGGUCGUCUUCCUCUUCGUAGGUCUCCCUUAUCUGACCUAG